AUGAAAAAGCUAGAUCUUUUUGGCAGCUAGAUUCUUUUUAGAUUUAACAGGGAGCCAGCUCACUAAACCUAUUUUGGAUCAAUUUUCACAUUAGCUAUAGUGUCCAUAGUAGGGUUGCGUCUUAUUUUAAUUAUAACCUCUGUUGUUUAAAGAACUAAUCCUGUUGUCAUUUACUAAGAGCGAUAAGUAGAUAGCCCAAAAUUAUUUACAAUAAAUUAAAACACUUUCUAAAUGGCAUUCGGAAUGCAAGAUCCUAAUUCUAAUUAAUUCAUUGAUGAACAAGUUUAUAACAUUACUGUUUAAAAUAUACAUAAAACUACGAAGGCCGAUCCUACUACUGGUAAGUCUACUGAUAGUUAUAUAAUAACUUAAGUACCACUUACAAGAUGUUCUUUAGCUAAUUUUCCAGAUUAAAAUAAUCUUCAUUACUAUCAAUAAAUAGACUAUACUAAUAUGUAUUGUUUUCCAUUAGAUUUCGAUUUAUAAAUAGAAGGAGAUUUCAGUGCUGAUUCUUUUUAAUAUAUUAACAUUAAUAUUUAAAAGUGCUCAUCAAAUUGCAAACCCGAUGAUUAUAUACAGAAAAUGUUAGAUUAUUCAUUUUUCUCAAUGUAAUUUUCUGAUAUAAUUGUUGAUCCCACACAAAAAACAAAUCCUUUUAAACAUUACUCUAGAGAUACUUUUUUCUCAACUAGCUUAUAAAUGCCCAAAUAAGUUGCUUUCUAUAUGAGAAACAACUACGUUGAAAGUGAUUAUGGAUGGAUAACCUCAGAUAUAGAGACUGUUGAUUUUCCUUCAUUCAGCUAUGCCGAAUCAAAUGUUUAUCCAAGCACUUUCUAAGAUUUUUUCUUCUCGUUAAUCUUUCGCUUUGAAAAACAAAAAGAGAGUCUUUACACUAGGAAAUAUUAAAAUUUAAAUGACAUCAUUUCCCAAAUAGGUGGGUUCUCUUAGUCUUUACUGGCUAUAGGUUUUCUAAUAUGCUCAAGGUUAUCUCAACUUGACCUAAAUAAAGAAAUAAUAAAUGAAGCUUUCAACUAUGAAAAUGUUAACUUCGAAGAAGAGAAAAAUUUUAAAAUGUUUAAACCAAAUGAUUAAAAUGAAAUGGCUGCUCAUGUUUAAUAAAAUAUUAGUCCACCAAUUAGUUAAGAUAUUUCAUUUAAUAACAUUCCAAAACAUUAAACUAAAUAAUUUUUUAAAUAAGAUCAGCCUUGUGUUAAUUAAUCUGAUAAUAAAGGCAGUUUGAUUAAACCAAUAUCAAUCAAUCCUAAUCAAUCUUAUAUCAAUAACAACAAUCAAUUAACUCCUACUAAUGGAAAUAUAAAUUAAAAUAAUUAAUAAUCUUUUAUUAAUUAAGCAAACUAAUCCAAUAAUGCUAACCAAAAUUUAGCUACAAAAAGAUACUCAUUUAGAAAUAAUUUUAAACCUGAAAAUUAGAUGCAUGAUUCUGAUGAAAAAAAAGGUUUAGAAGAUAUGCUAUCAAGCAAGCAAUAUUUUUUGCAAAUUCUCAAAACAGUGAAAAGCAAUAAGCAUAAAGAUGAUUGCACUUAUUAAUUGUCUUAAGACCAUUAAAAAUUGAAAUAGCAGUAAUAAAAAUUAGAAGAAAAAGAAUAAAAGUUAAAAGAAAGCUUUUUUAAAAGACUAAUGUAAAAAGCGACGAGCAGCAUGACUUUAAAUACUUUCGAGUAUUUGAAGUUCUUUUUGUGGCCAUUUGGAUAAAAGAUUUAACAAAAAAAGAAAGUUAUUGAUUAUAGCAUAAAUUAGCUUUAUUAAAAUUUAGAUGUUCUCUAUGUUAUUAAAAAACUGAUGGAAGUUGAUAAGUUAAAAAACAUACUCCUCAAUCCUGAUUAGCUUAAAUUAUUUGAAUACAUCCCGAAGCCUACAAUUAGGUCAAAUUAUGGAUUUUGUAAAAAGGCUAAAGAUAUUCAAUUUGAAAUAGAUGAUCAUUAUUAAGACAACAGGACAGAGCUUUAAAAGGUUCAAUAAGCUUAUUAAUCAUAUUAGAAUAUAGCAAAUAAAUAAAAUUUAAGUGCUCUGGACGUUAAAAUACUACAGCUUUUGGAUUAAAAGCUGCUUUAAUUAUUUGGAUUUAGCUAGAAUUAAAGAGAUUCUUUGAUAUAAAAUAUAUAACUAAUACCACAAAAUAUAGAAGUUUCUUAAUAUUUGGACCCAAAUUUAGGACAUAGAAAUGCUAAAGAUAAAAUAUAAACCUAAUCUAUCUCUAUAUCAAACUCAAACUCUGAUGAAUAUAAAAAUGAAAAAAUUUAAGAAUUUUCCAAUUUUAAAUUAAAUAAUUAACCAGCUCCAAACGCAGCGAAAGAAGAGUAUCAAUUCAUCUUCAGUCCAAAAGGCGAAAACUAGCACAUGAUCAACACAGCUAAAGAUAACCAAAUAUUGAGUGCCCGAUUAGAUACUGAGAAGAGUAUGUAUUCAGAUAUAGCGGGAAACGAAGCUGAGCUGAAGUAAAACGAAAUUCAUUAAUUUGAGAACUCUAACCCUAAAGGCUAGAGCUAAUUAAACCAGUGA